AUGUCUGAACCAGCUGCAGAACCUACAGACGCGUCUGUACUUGGUAAACGGCUACGAAAGGAGGACGGCACGAACAAUGGCGAACCAACAGACCCAUUAGAGGAUGACGACGAUGACGAUGUCGGACCCAUGCCUUUGCCCGCCGACGCUGCUGGAGGAGGCGUAAAGAAGAAACGAAAAGUCCUCCCGCAUGAGCGUUUGUAUCUCGAGCAUCUUCCAGACAAAGAUCAAUACUACAAGAGCUUCAUGCACCGUGACGUCGUCAAUUUUUGCGUUAUGACCAAGACUGAUUUCCUGAUUACCACGUCGGUGGACGGCCACUUGAAACUCUGGAAGAAACAAGAAGCCGGUAUAGAAUUCGUCAAACAUUACCGCGCACAUCUCAGCCCAGUGGUUGGUGUAUCCGCGAGCGCCGAUGGACAGCUGUUUGGGACGAUUUCGGAGGAUCAGACUGCGAAAGUGUUCGACGUUGUCAAUUUCGAUAUGAUCAAUAUUAUAAAGCUUGGGUUCAAGCCUCAUGCGGGCUGUUGGGUUCAUCGGAAAGGGCAAGCACAAGGAUUGCUUGCAAUUUCUGACGCGUCUUCGGGUACGGUACGACUGUAUGAUGGUCGUGGAGGUGACAAGCCGUUGGAAACUAUCGAAACUUUGCAUCGCUUCCCCGUUCAUCUAAUGACUUACAGCGACCGUUAUGACACCGUCAUAUCCGCUGAUGAAGGCGGGUUCAUAGAGUACUGGCAACCCAUUGAGCCCUUUGUGCUACCCAAAAACAUUCCCAAACUCUGGUCGUACAAGAGUGAAACAGAUCUGUACGAGUUCAAAAAAUCAAAGUCCACGCCAACGUGCAUUACAUUGUCUCCCGAUUUCUCCUCAUUUGUGACGUUCUCCUUACCGGACCGGCAAAUCCGCGUUUUUUCUUUCCUCACUGGAAAGUUGACGAGGAAGUACGAUGAAUCUUUGGCGGCUAUACAAGAGAUGCAGCAGGCGGGUACAGCCGUUUACCGGGUUGAGGAUAUGGAGUUCGGGCGGCGGCUGGCGGCAGAGAGAGAGCUGGAGUUACCUGGGCCCGAUGGGAGAAUACCGGGAAGCUGGAGCAAUGCGAUUUGGGAUGAAAGCGGCGCAUUCAUCAUCUAUCCUACGUUGUUGGGAAUAAAAGUUGUGAACACCGUAACGAAUCGCGUCGUCCGACUGUUAGGGAAAGAUGAGGUGGUGAGAUUCAUGAAUCUCAGCGUUUAUCAGGGUGCCCCUGCGAAGAAGAGUAUUACUACCAUGGCCAUGGCAGCGUCUGCAAACCCCAUCUUGGCUGGGAAGGGUCAAAGGGAUCCUACGCUCUUCUGCACGGGUUUUAAGCGGCCUCGAUUCUAUCUCUUUACGCGUUCAGAGCCCGAGUACGUGCUCAGCAGUUUAAGUGUCUCGCCAAGCCAUAACCUCUUUUACAGAGACAAUAAAUCUGGCGAGCGAGAUGUCUUCAACGAACGCCCUACCCGAGAAGAACAGAGCGUUGCCGCAGCAACCACGGCUACUAACGCAGGCCCAUCCCCCGUGGCUAACUCGGCGACAAUCCACACCACAGUCGGAGAUAUUCACAUGCGCCUCUUUCCACAACAAGCUCCAAAAGCUGUGGAGAAUUUUGUGGGACAUGCUAGAAGCGGAUACUUUGAAGGAAUUCUCUUUCAUCGCGUCAUUCCAAAGUUUAUGAUCCAGACGGGCGACCCACUGGGCGAUGGUACAGGUGGAACAUCUAUUUGGGGCAGGGAAUUUGAGGAUGAGUUUUCCGAUGAUUUGAAGCAUGACCGGCCGUAUACAGUGAGCAUGGCAAAUGCAGGACCUGGGACUAAUGGCUCUCAGUUCUUCAUUACGACAACAACAACCCCGUGGCUGGACAAGAAGCAUACCAUCUUUGGUCGGGUGUUGUCUGGCCUUGAAGUUGUGCAUUCCAUAGAGAAUGUCAAGGCGAACAAGGUUGACAAGCCAUAUGAAGAUAUCAAGAUCGUUAACGUAGAUGUAGAGUAG